CUGUUCUCGGAACAGAACAGAAACCUGUUACACCCGAGUGGACACGAGUAUGAAUUGCCGAUAUCAAACGUACAAAUAAAAGAAGUCAUUGAAGCCGUUGAGAGUAUAGAAGAUCAGAUGAAGGAUGAGAUGAAAAGAAACAAUACGUUGACCCAAAAAAUACCGCAAUACCAAGUGCACGAAGAUGUCAAGGAGCUGUUCGUACCGGAACAACCUAUCAGAGACGGCGACGAAUAUGUUGUAGAUAUGGGAAAAUUACCAGAAACAUUUAUGUUGCCACCAAACCAAAAGCCGCAGACGUUACACAAUGUUUUGCGUCCUAAUGCACCAAAUAAACACGCUGGUAAUAUGAGACCACCAUUCCGCAGACCAGUUCCACCAGAAAUAAAGUUACGCCGUCCCUACCCUAUAUACCCGAAAGGCAACAAUCAGUAUCCAUUACCAAUACCAAAUCCACAUGGAAUGAAUAAGAAGCCUGGCAAAUAUUCAAACAAUAGGCCACCUCCACACAUGCAUCACAGACCAUCUCAAAGCAACAUUCCGCCAAUGAAAGCGAUGCCUCCUUUACAUCCCAGGAAACCCGAUUUCAAUCAAGGCCCUCCUAAAUAUGUACAAAAGAUACCAAAUAUUCCCAAACAAAGCAACAUGAUGAAUUUACCGAGUAGUAAUAUUGGUCAAUUGCAAAGCCAGACCUUAAGUUUAGGUCAUACCGAUAUAAUCGCUAAUCAAGUAGUAAAAAGUCAAAUAACUUUGCCAGGUUCCAAUGACGCUUCUGCUCAGCAGAGUGCGCAGCAGACCUUUUUUGAUAAACCUGGUCAAAUAAUACUCGGUAAACCUAUGGACCACCCACAGCCCUUGGAUCAACAAAUAAUACAAGAGAAACCAGAAUUUGUUCAACCUCACAGAAUACAGGUUUCAAAAAUAAAACCUCAAGAACCUGAGAUUCAUAUGAAAUCAACAAUUCGUCCUAACAUGAAUAACAAUAAUCGACCCCAAAUAAGAAAUGAAAUUAAGUCUUCAGACUUUAUAGGUCAAUCAACAGAUGUAUCUACCAUCGCUCCUGCAAUUAAUACGGGCUUUAAACCAGAUUCUAUUGUUAUUGAGAGCGGAUUCAAACCCAUAAUUCGAGAACCUUUGAUGGCCGGUGAAGACAAAAUAGCAGAAUAUGAUGGUGUUCAUGCGGAUAGAAGAGAAGAUACAGACAUCGAUGAAGAUUAUCAGGAGUCACCACAAUACAUAAAUACAGACCACGCUUACCCCAGUGACAAAAUGACCGAAACUUUUGAACCGAUGUUUAUACCGUCCCCUCCAGAUCACUUACUGGCUGGGAAUGAAAGAACAAAAGAAGUGUUUCCCAGCAAUCACGCCAAAGAAGACAGACCGCAUCCUGUAUAUGUAAAAACUGAAAGCGAAUUAAAUGCCCUCUUUGGUAAAAAAAAUAUGGAAAAAGAUAUCCCUGCAGAUAUGGUGAUGGAAUCUGAUAAAAUAAGUCCCCAAUAUUUACCACCGGAACCGAAACAUCCAAAAGAACAUUCACAAAAAAUCACACACGAACAAACGUUUACAACUUAUGAUGGCAAGACAGUAUCAGCCGACACAUUAACAAGUAUACCAGAAGAAAAUAAAUUACACGCCAAAAUAUUUUCUUCUAAACUACCGGCGAACUCAGAAUUUCUUCUAAAAACACCUCAGUUUGGUCCCUUCAAGGGUCAAAUUCCACCUGUGGUUGCUGGACAUAUAGAUAAAAAUAUAAUGAACCUUUCUCGCCCUGCUGUCACGGGUUCGCCCUCGACACAAUUGAAACUCGUAAAUGCCGUUCGCAAAACAAAUGCUGCUUCAGAGCUUAAAGCUGAACAGGAUGAAAACUUACAGGACGAGUCCGUUGAAGAUGAAGAAUAUGACUUAGAUGAAGAAGAUGAGAACAAACGUAGCAGGCGAGAGACCAAAACUACACAGUUCGAAAGCGGGAGAAUAGAAGAAGCGAUGACUAUGAACAGAGACGACAACAAGGAUAUCAAUCACAUGGACUUUGAACUUGCGACACCCCGGGCUCGAGCAUCUGCGAGCAAAAUUGAUUUAUUGUCGGCAUUUCCAAUGAUAGCUGUCUUACUUAAGCUGUUUUAA